AGUUUGUAAAACAAAAACAAGGAAAUUAGAGAAAAAAGUUACAGAUCAUAGAGUAAGCUAGAAUGGGAGUGGUAAAUGUUUUGUGCAUGAAUGCAGGCGAUGACCAAUCUAGCUAUGCUAACAACUCAACCCUUCAGAAAACGGUGAUACUAAAAUCAUGUAUAUUCUUGGAAGAAACUGUCAAGAACUCUGGAACUAGCGGCUUUCCUGAAUGCUUUAGGAUAGUUGAUUUAGGUUGCUCUUCAGGGACAAACACCCUCUGGGUUGUUACCAAUAUAGUUAACACUGUUCAUAGAUUAUGCCAGAAGAAAAAUCUGAGAACACCUGAAAUUCAAGUUUAUUUAAAUGAUCUUCCAGAUAAUGAUUUCAACACAACCUUCAAAAUGGCACCACAAUUCUAUUCAAAUCUUGAUAGUGGGGAGGGUGACAAAUCAGGAAAAUGCUUUCUUUCAGGAGUUCCGGGGUCUUUCUAUACAAGACUCUUUCCUAGCAAAAGCAUUCACUUUGUUCAUUCUUCGUUUAGUCUUCACUGGCUCUCCCAGGUCCCAGAGAAUCUAGAGAAUAAUAAGGGAAACAUCUACAUGUCAAAAGCUAGUCCUCCUGGUGUUUAUGAAGCUUAUUUUAAUCAAUACAGAGCAGACUUCUCAACAUUUUUGCGGUUGAGAUCUGAGGAAGUCAUUCCUAAUGGCCAGAUGGUCUUAACAUUCGCAGGCAGGGGCAUUGCAGAUCCCACCAGCAAAGAUUGCUGUUGUAAAUGGGAAUUACUAGCAAAAUCACUUGAAGACAUGUCGGAUGAGGGGUUACUUGAUAAUGAUUACAUUAAUUCAUUCAAUCUACCUCUUUAUACCCCGUGCAUUGAUGAAGUGAAGGACAUAGUUCAACACGAGGGAUCCUUCACCGUCGAUCGCCUGGAAACCCAUGAAGUUAACUGGGACACUAGUGAUGAUAAAGCCAAAUCUGUUUAUGAUAUAAACAACAGCGGAAAGAUUGUGGCCAAGGCAGUUAGAGCUAUAGUUGAACCUAUGCUUGCUACUCACUUUCAGACUGGAAAUUCUUUUAUGGACAAGCUUUUCGAGAGGUAUGCAUUACAUGUGGCUGAUCAUCUCUCAAGAGAGAAAAUCAAAGGCUUUUAUAUAUUAAUUUCCUUGACAAGGAAAAAUGUUUAUGUAUAAAGAGGCCAAGGGAUCAAAUCGUUCCAUGGAUAUGUACUAGCUAUGUUAUUCUCGCCUAGCUUGUUUGCAUGGAAUCUCUAUGUGAUGUUACAUUGCAUUUGACAUUUCUAUGCAUUAACAAAUUAAGUGUUAAUGUUUACACCAUAUGAUUAUAAUGAAUAAGCUUCUUAUAUAGCCAA